AUGUCGAUGUCUUUGUCGCUGAUUGUGGUAAAAUUCUUGGCAAAUGAAAUUGCUUCAGAGAGAAGAGACUCUGUGAUGGAUGAGUCAAAACUGUCGAUGUCGAACGAGGCGAACGAAUGCUUUUGCAUGUCGGCAACUGGAGCAACACUCCUUACAGCUCAUCCAACCCAUAAUACUACGGGUGGAAACAAUAACAGUGAUGUCACUCAUCCUGAAAACACCGAAGACUCACAGAAUGCAAAACAGCAGUUCAGAACUUCAAUCCAAAGUAUAUGGUCCGAGUAUUCACUACAGAGAGACAAGUCAUCAGAGGAUAAAAAAGUGGAGGAUACUGUUUUUGCUUCGUUCCGUUUUGAAAGCUUUAUAGUAAGCUUUGCCAGAAAGCGGCUGGGCGUUACAAGUCCCGAACUUAUUGAUGUCGAUAAAGAUCUGAACUUUCGAGUUAGACGCAAUGUCCUACAGAGAGGGGAUGACUUUCUGUUCCAUGGAAGUAAUCACGGGAACUUUAUUAAGGUUCCGUCAGCUAAUCUGGAUCGAAACUCCACAGUACUUGGGCUCGAAUACAGCAACCUUGCUAAGCUUUUUUCAAACUAUUCAGCUGACACUGAGGGAGAUAACAAAACAAAGAUACUAGACAGUGUAGUUAUGUCCGCUGUAAUAGACUCUCCGCUCAAUGUUCUAGCAGAAAACAUCACAUUGGUUUUUAAGAACGCGCAGGUGAAUCGUAAAAAAAGAACAUGUGUAUUCUGGAGCUUCUCUGAAGAAAACUUUGGGAGUUGGUCAAGUAAAGGAUGUCAAACAAAGAUGAUAUCCGAUCACCAUACGGAAUGCGUUUGCAAUCAUCUCACUCACUUCGCUGUACUCAUGGAUUUCAUCGACGAUGCUGAUGACAGGAAGGAUAAAACUCGUUCGUCAGAUGAGCAUGACAAAAUUCUGACACUCCUCACUCGAGUAGGGAUGGCUUUAUCUCUCACUGGAGUUAUACUCACGGUUAUCAGCUAUCUUCAGCUUACAGACAGAAAUUCAGCUUUGUGUCACAUACGGGUUAGUCUGACUUCCUGCAUUGGAGCAGGACAUAUCAUCUUUUUCGCUGGAAUUGACUCCACGGGAAACCAGGCUGCCUGUGUAGCUGUGGCAGCUCUUAUGCAGUAUUUCCUGAUGGCCAGUUUUUGCUGGAUGCUUGUCGAGGGGAUUUAUAUCUAUUUAUUUGUUGUAAAGGUUUACAACAUUACCGACAAAAUGUAUCGCUAUCAUGGCUUUUGCUGGGGACUGCCUGCAAUCAUAGUUGUUGUAUGUCUGGGUAUCGCUACAGGAAAUGAUGGAAUCGAAACUUUUGUUAAUGAUGAAAGCUGCUGGAUGUCUUCCUCUAACAAUAUCAUUUGGAUAUUUGUUUCCUUUGUUGGAUUGAUCGCAAUUAUUAACGUGAUGAUCCUCGUGCGAGUUAUCAAGGAAGUGACAACAAUCCAACAGGUGAAAGAUAGCCAGACUGAGCAGAUCAGGCUUGGUGUCCGUGCAUGCGUGGUGUUAGCUCCAUUGUUGGGUGUUACGUGGCUGAUUGGCUUCCUUGCGCCGUUACACAUCGCCUUCUCCUACAUUUUUGUAAUCCUUAAUUCCACUCAGGGAUUAUUCAUUUUCUUCUUUCACUGCUUGGGAAAUAGUGAGAUAAGGGGGCGUUUCAAAAGAAGAGUCCAAAAACUCCUUCCAGAUGCAUUUAAUCAAAGGCCAGGUGACAGUAGAGGAAACUGUCAAGCCCGUCAAAGUCACAAUGAUACUGGGAUUCCUGCGCAGAAUCGAGAGUAA